AUUGCUUAGCAUGUUAUACUUGGGGAAACCCAGAUUCAUUUCCCUAAGUCUCGUUUAUGACCUUGGUCAAAUCACUUAUGAUUCUCAAAGGAGUGCAGCAAGAAUAAAACCAUGCAAAGAUUGUGAGAGGCUCAGGCACUAUAGUGACAGGGCCCAUGGAGGUACCCGAGACAGGUAUCUUAAAAAUAAAUCAGGAAGCAAAAUUAGCAGGCACCCCUCUGUACAUUUGAAUGCAAUACCAAAUGAAAAGAGAAAGAAAGCCGUGCUAUCUGCUAGCAACUGGUGAUUCUGAGCCCUCAGCAUGAGGCAUCCCAAAAUGGCGGGCUUUCUGGACAUGCACCCUCUGAAAAGUAGCCUGUUCCAAAGUGGUGCCAUUUGGAUUCCCAAACACCAAAGCAAGGAAAAUUCACUACUCCUUUGGACCUCUCUUCACUGAACUUCAGAGGAGGAAGUCUAUGCCCAUAAUUAAGCCUCCUGCAUGGAAUAUUUAGGCUUAUCUUGCAGUUGCCUGAAAUAAGAUCUGUAUCUGACUGUUAGCCAUUAUUUCAUGCUGAUUACUGUAAUAUAUGACUGCCGUCAUUGUCUAUUAUAUUUACCACAAUGUUGCAUCAUUAUUCAUCACCCAAACCGUGUUUGUUUUUCAGCUCGGGGAGGAGCAUCGCUAUACGUCCCGCAACCCAACAUAAAUGCAACUGUGGCCCAAAACAUCCUCCUUUCAGUUGAGUAUUUUUACAAAGGCGUUGCCACCAUUGAAUGGAAGCACGUGUCGAGUUGGGGCACCACAAAAAUUGUUGAGUGGAGAACUGGGAUUUAUACUAACAUAUCCAAAAGUUACAUGGACAGAGUGACUGUUUAUGACAAUGGCUCAAUACAGCUUCUGAAUGUGGGUGUGAGAGAUGCCGGUUACUACUUUGUCACUGUAACAGAAGAGUUGGGAACCAACAUUUAUGGCACCAUCAUAUUAAAUGUUUAUGAGAUUAUCUAUGAAGAUUUACAUUUUGUAGCCGUCUUCUUUGUGUUUCUUACUGCUGUGUCUGCCAUUUUAGUCUGCUUCAUGUGGCUUUGUAAUAAGUCGGUGCAUCUAUACCAGAAGCAGAGGCGCAAGCUAGAAGGUAACUAUCUCUGGGGGUAAAUAACCCCGAUAGGAUGUUGUCUUAUCAAAAUUUUGACCAUUUGUUCAGUUAUCGUAAGAUCCCACAUUCAGCACUGAUGCCUCCCACUGAUGUUAAUAAGAAUCACCAAUCCUUAAUAUCAGACCUUUAAUAGAGGUUAAGGAAGGGUGAAAAUUCCUCCUUGUAGACUGAAAAAAAAAAGUGGGGGGUGGUUGCCUGCUUGCUGCAGGGAAUACACCUGCACUGGUAGAGAGCUUUUCAGGUCAAAUUCAUAGGGUAACAAGCCAGUGUUCUUUGCUAUCAGCUCCAGCUAC